GUUAAGUGGGUUUUUUCUCUCCACAUAACACCCCGGAUCGAAAUUGUUUUUAACUUGUCAGAAUAACAACUGGGCAUCUUAAGAAGGUAAGCCGGUGGCCUUGUAUUUCUGAUUGAUGGGUACGAUUUUGCUGCAUAUCGAUUAGAACAGGCCUAUCAUUGAUUUCAAUUCCAAGGAAUUAUCGUUUCUGUCAGUCAGGUAUAAUCCUUACAAAUCGCAUUGAAUUUACAAAUUUCUGUGAAUAUUGUGUAAGCAUUUGUAUUUUUCCCUUGUUGUAAUGUCCAUACAAAGAUAAAAUAAACAACAACAAAAUAUCACUAUCAUUAUCAAGCCAUCUACCCGAGUGCUGCGCCUCGGCACCAUUCUAAAUAAUCAGAAUGUGUGUGAUCCUUUAAUGCACGAGUAUUUACAGGUGGGGUAUAUUUGAAGGUAACGAGCUGAACGUUAUCAGAUCUUUCUUUUAUUGGCCGCUCACACCACGGGGCAAUGAUGGCUCUAAAUAGUGAAUCAUUUCGGUAUGGAGAGAUCGCAACUUCCUAAUUCCUGCUUGUCUUCUGUAGGACUGAAUGACAGUGGAUGGAUGAUUAAGAGCGAACCGUCGCAACUUUCCGUUUUACAAUUCUGGCUAAAGUGAAUACAUUGUACAAACAAUAAAACUGAUCCUUUGCAGCCAAAACUUCUUAUAGUAUUAACAAGAAUAUGUAGAUACAUAUAAAAUGUACCAACUAUGAAGCCCAUGUACUGCCAAGGAAAACUUCAGAUUUUAUUUUGUCCUUUUAUUGUUUGAACAAAUAUUUACAUGGAAUAUAUGGGCAUCGAUUUUAGGAAUCAUUCACAAAUAUUUUCAAAGUUCUUUUGAACUUGAUUUUAAUGUAGCGAAUUACUGUUUGUACAUCGGGGUUUAGUCGUCGACAAAGGAUCCUAGUCUGACACUACUGUGUCCCUGACGACAAACUGAUAAAUUUAUAAAAAAUAAUCUACACUAUCUUACGGUGGAUCUCUCGUGCUGACAAAAUCCUACACACCGCUACAUUCUGACGGAGUGUUAAAUAUCCAAAACAAUACACCGACGAUGGGAAAGAUUCCGUGUUGAGAUAUAACUGUUUAUUAGAAUUACCCAGAUUAUUUGUGACUUUGAUAUGGAGAAUUCCUGCACACUGCGGUUGAUGCAGGACUUUGUGAAGUUUGCUUCAUUUUGUCAUUAAGUGGACCCCCUUCGCUCCUUGUUUGAUUCUGUGGAGAUAUAAUUCAUUUUAAACCAUGUUUUCAAUUUCGCAGAUGUGAAAUGACAUAAAAAGAAGCAAUAGUUAUGGAUGUGCGAAUAUUACGUCACAAUUACCUACCGUCCCUUUACCGUCAAACAACAGAGAAACUUCCACUCACCCGGUUACGGCGGGAAAUCGACCUUACGAUGAAGAAAGUCCUCCAAACGGAAAUCGCUGUUUCUUCGGAAUCGAAGGAGUUGUUUGAUCAAUGCAUGUCUAAUCUACUACCACAUCUAAAGACAAAUAAGUACAACUUGGAUUGUUCAGAGCCUCCUCUUUUUGCAGGAGAUGUGACGCCCUGGACCCCCUACAAGAAACAGAAUCCGUGUUACUUGAUUCAAAUGAGAGUCGGAAAGCUGGACGGAACGUACGUCCAGCCGGGCUACGUAGUGUUUCCGAUGUCAAUAAAAACGGAUAAAAAAGUUGUCAAAGUGUACAAAUUGGACCUGAGGUCUGAAGACAGACAACAUUUAAGUCCUAAGAAAAUGUAUAAAGCAGUGUUUCUUGUUUUCGAAGCCGCCAUCCAUAAAUUAAAGAAGUCGAUGACAAAACGCAAGAAUACCCUAACUACUGUUAGUGACUCCGCGAGAGAAAGUACCACAUUGACAAUAAGCGACAGACCGGCCAUAGUACCUAAUCUGUGCCUUACGACCAGGAACGACGACCUCUGCUUGAUAAUGUCACUUCCGGGAGGUCACGAAGUGGAAUUAAUCCCUACCAUUACGGUUUCCCCAGAUGGACCAUUUAUCGUUGCUAAGCCGUUUGAACACGAUGAAAACCCUGCAUCGGAUAUUUUGUGGCGCCUGAACUACUCGCCGAAUGAAGAGCAUAUCAUGAACGCAGUCACAAAUGGAGAUCGUGAGCAAAGAAUCAAUGCCGCUAAGAUAUUAACAUUUAUGUGUAAAAAGGAAUGGAAAUUAAAUCAUGUGACAGAAUACGAAGUGAAAAAUAUACUCAUGCACGAAAUAGAUUUUCAGAUUGACCAUUCUCCAAGAUGGCAGCGAUUUACUCCAGAGGAAUGUAUGCACUUGAUAUUACUCAAAAUGCUUGAGUUUACCAGAGAACGAUGCCUUCCCUACUUUUUCGAGGAAGAUCGUAAUCUUUGGGACCAUCUCACCGAAAGACAGUUCCGAUUUAUGCGCAAUCAAUUAGAGCAACUCACGCGAGAUGACGAUGAGAUGCUGAAAGUUAUAAGUCGAAUCAGAGUCGAUAAAAUAGACUACUAGAUUAUGUAAUGAAUGUGGUGAUUAAAACAAAGGAUUAGUAUAAUUUCUUACAAUGAUACAUAUAGGUGUGCACUUGUUAAUUUCUUAAUGGUGCAAAUAUUGAACGGAUUUUGAUAGUCUCGCGUGCUCUUGGUAGUACAUGUAUGUAAACUCCGAGACAACUACAGAGACGAAGGCAACUCCUUCGGCGGCGUGUUUACUGCUUACAAUUUGUGGCGGGCCCACAUAUAUCAUAACUGACAGAUUUAACCACUCUCGUAGAUGAUAGUAGUUUACAUGUACGCCUGAGGAAUGUAGGUACCUGAUAAUGCUGAAAAUGUUAGCGGUAAAUGUAGUAUGGCUAAAAGGCCAAAAAAUAAAUUUUAUUUAUUGGAUUGAUAAAUGUAUGUAAAAAAUUUGUUUCAUUCAUAUUAAAAAAAAAUAUUGAAACCAA